AUGAAGCUUGUGUUCACACUUUUAGAAACAAAAUCAACAAAAAAAGAAGCUUCUGCUCUAAGUGAAAAACAGGUGAAAUCAAAAACUGAACGAAGCAAAGCAGAGGUUGCUGCUGCCUCAACAAAAAAAGCAACCACAGGAAAGAAGGAAGAGAAAUCAACCAAAACAGCUGAGCAAGGAGCUUCAAAAGAAAAAGCUGGGAAGACUAUUUCAGGCUUGAAAGAAAAAGAGCCUAGUAAAAGGAAAGAAGAAAAGGCUACAAUAUCCCUAAAGGACAAAGGUACACAGAAAGAAGAAAAACCAGCAAAACCAGACAUACAGAAAGAAGAAAAACCAGUUAAAUCAGGUACACAGAAAGAAGAAAAAUCAGCAAAACCAGCUGCUCCAGACAAGACUCAAACAUACAUAUCCCAAGCUAAGAAAGAAGAACUAACAACAAAACCAGCUGCCGCAGACAAGACUCAAAUACACAAACCUAAGCCCAAGAAAGAAGAAAAACCCACAAAACCAGAACACGAUACUAUGAAACUAGAAAAGUCUGUUUCUCAAUCUAAACCAGAGGAAAAAAUUAUCAAGCAAGUAAAAACUGCUACCAUUGACAAAGCAGAACAAACUGAACAUCAAAUAAAAGAAAUCCCAACUGCUAAAGCAGGUAAUAAGAUGCUAGGUUGUGGAGAAUUUAAGCAAAUAAUUUGA